GUCAGUUUUUCAAUCAUCGUCGCCUCCUCUUAUCAUUUUUAUCAAUUUGAUCAUUGUAUCAAAGUUCACAACUCGUAUGUUGUAACUUUUAAGUAUUUUUACUUUGAUAUACCUUUUAAUUUUGUAUCUCAAACGUUUACUUUUUUUAAAAUAAUAAGAAAUGGCGUCGGUAGGUCUAGUAUCUCGAGUUCUUUUAAGCAAAAAUGUAAUCACCACCGGCCGGUUUGCUACUCUCUCAAAUACAGGUUUUAUUAAGUUCUAUAGCACAGCACCGCAAUAUGAAAACAUCAAGGUAGAUGUAGUGGGAAGCAAGAAGAAUGUCGGUCUUAUCCAGUUAAACAGACCGAAAGCUUUGAACGCGCUCUGCAAGCCACUAUUUGUGGAGCUCGGAAAAGCAGUCAAUGAGUUUGACGCCGACCAGAGCAUUGCCGCCAUUAUUAUUACUGGUAACGAGAAGGCGUUCGCUGCUGGCGCGGACAUCAAGGAGAUGCAGAACAACACAUACAGUUCCAAUACUAAGGACGGCUUCCUCAAGGAGUGGGAGGACAUCUCUAACUGCGGCAAGCCUGUCAUUGCUGCGGUUAAUGGAUUCGCUCUCGGUGGUGGUUGCGAAUUGGCGAUGCUCUGCGAUAUAAUCUACGCGGGUGAGAAGGCGAAGUUCGGUCAGCCGGAGAUCAACAUCGGCACGAUCCCCGGCGCGGGCGGCACUCAGCGCCUGCCGCGGUACGUCGGCAAAUCCAAGGCUAUGGAGAUCGUGCUCACGGGAAACUUCAUAGACGCACAGGAGGCUGAGAAGAUGGGUCUGGUCAGCAAAGUUUUCCCAGUUGACAAACUGUUAGAGGAAACAAUCAAACUGGCGGAGAGGAUCGGCACACACUCCCCGCUCAUCGUGAAGAUGGCCAAGCAGUCAGUCAACCAGGCCUACGAGACCACUCUUAAAUCCGGUCUACUCUUUGAGAAGUCCAUAUUCUAUGGCACUUUUGCUACGGAGGACCGCAAAGAAGGUAUGACUGCCUUUAUCGACAAGAGAUCACCUAACUUCAAGAACGAAUAAAAAAUACAUUUGUGCGUUUAAAAUGUUGAA